AUGACGAAGGAACAGAAGGAGCAAGGGCCGAGGCAAAAGCCGUCGACAGCGUCUUUGACCGACAUCUCUCACCACAGCUCUCAGCAUUCCAGAGCGGACACGAUACUGGAGGUAUUACUGGAGAAAUCGUUGGUGACGCGAAAUGCGCCGGUGAACAGCUCUCAUGAUCGCCGCCAAAGCAUCGGUUCCAGUACUGGUACCAGUACUGGCAAUGAUGGAAAUGAUAAUCUCCUCAAGCCUCCAUCGGCGCAUGCCUCCGUGGCCUGCAAAGAAAGAGCUAAAGAAAGACUGAGCCGUCGCAAUGUCGUGGACGUGGAUGAACUUGCAAGUGUGAACAGUGUGAACCUUCAUGAAGCUCGCAAGUUUGGUAAAGUCAUUGACGUGGAUGAGCUUGCAAUGUCGUUGCACCCCCGUGAUCCAGGUUUUGAGAGGCGACGUACAAGGACGCAGCUAAGUGACAGUCAUUCGGGGACCCAAGACGAGGGACCUCGUCAAGAAUGGAGAGCACCUGGUCCUGGUCCUGGUGCUUACGCGGUGGGAGGUCUGGGAGCGACAGUCGAGGACGACAGUGUUGACGAAUCAUUCGAAUCAGAGCAACAGAAUCAAAAUGUGGAUUUGAUUGGGUGGCUCUCUGCUCCUCCGGCCCCAGUAGCCAACAACCAGGGGUUGGUCGAGGCAAGACCAGUGGAAGAUCAUGCUAUAGAAAUACUAGUAUCAGGGACUGCCCAGCCGGUGACGGGGGCCAAUGGGACUGACGGGUCAUGCGAACAGGGCCGUGCGCAAGGAGACAAGGAAAAAGCUUGUCUUGUGCGUCUGACAAUACCAAUUGUUUUCGUUGUGGCGUUAUUGUCUGUCAUUGUCACUGUCGUUUUGGUAGGCACAGAUUCAAACACCAAAAAUGUCAGUUCAAGCUCAGACAUCUUCUCAACGAACCAAGACGCCACAGGCAACAGUGGCAAUAGUGACGAAUCGGGAACAUUCAAGUCGCUGCCCUUCUCGCUUCCUGAAGCUACAAUGCAAAUAAUCCAAACUGAUGUCAACUACACGACACCACAAGGAAAGGCAUAUGCAUGGAUCAGAGACGAUCCUUACCUAUCAAAGUACUCGGAGCAAAGACUCCUUCAGCGUUUCCUACUCACAACAUUCUACUAUUCCACUAAUGGGCCAUCGUGGACACAUCAAGGUGGUGGCACAGUUGAAGUGAUGUUUGGUGAGACGAGUGGUGGAGGCAGACCCAACGGAGGAGGCGGAGGCAAGCCCAAUGGAGGAAGUGGUGGUGAGCCGAGUGGCGGAGGCAAGCCCAACGGAGGAGGCGGAGGCAAACCCAACGGAGGAAGCGGUGGUGAGCCGAGUGGUGGAGGCAAGCCCAACGGAGGAAGUGAUGGUGAGGAUGGCGAGCUGAGCGGUGGAGGUAAUCCCAAUGGAGGAGGCGGAGGCAAACCCAACGAAGGCAGUGAUGGUGAGCCAAGUGGCGGAGGCAGACCCAACGGAGGAGGCGGGCUUAGAAGAGUCCAGCGACGGCUGCGAUUCAAUCGAUUCAUCGCAGAGAGACCACCGCCUACAGUCAAAAAGGCCACUGGCAACUUUCAGCCAGUCAAUAUCACUUCACAACCAUGGCUCUCCUACGAACAUUCCGAAUGUGACUGGUUUUCCUUGGCAGCCAAAAAACAAGACAAAGGUCCCUGCAACGUUGAUGGAAUACUUACCAUUCUGGAUGUUACUCGCAACAACUUGGGCGGGAGCUUUCCACCAGAGAUGGGUUUGCUCAAUACUCUCACAACCCUCACAACAAGUUUCAAUCCUAUUGGAGGACCUAUCAGUGAAAUGAUGCUGGAGAGAAUGACCAAUCUGAGAUCCCUUCGGUUGCAUUCUUGUGACUUUUCUGGGACACUCCCACCCGACCUGAGCUCCCUUGCGGAUAAACUUUCUGAGCUCCUGGUGGGGGACAAUCGUUUCACAGGGUCGCUGCCAUCAGAAUUUGCUCGGUUAAACAUGUUCAAGCUAGAUGUGGCACAAAACCAACUGACUGGCACAGUUCCAUUUGGUCUUUUUUCUGAGAUGUCUAGUCUCAGAAGCUUGGAUCUGGGCAAGAACAAGUUCACUGGGCAGCUGCCAGAUUUCAAUGGAGCUACCAUGUCUGGAUUAGCGGGGCUGAUCCUUGAUACAAACGAAUUCGCUUCGACUAUUCCAUCUGACUGGGGUCAGAGCCUCCCAAAUCUGCAAAAACUGACUCUGUCAAGGAACCAACUCUCCGGUGCCGUGCCAUCAGAGCUUGGGUUGCUAUCUUCCAUUGGGACUCUUGAUCUUGGGGACAACCCAGGGCUCGUUGGAACAUUCCCCCUUGAACUUAGCAACUUGAAUGAAUCUUUGGCCGAACUCAAUAUUGCUGGCACGUCUAUCGAAGGUAGAAUUCCAGAUGGGCUUUGCAGUAUUCCGUCCUUGAUCUUUGACUGCUCGUCAUUCCUUUGUGGAUGUUCGUGUCCUUGUGGGGACUCGCGAUUCUAG